AUGAAGCAGAUCAAGGAUAAAGAGGGCAGGAUGUGUUCAUCAAAGGAAGAAAUUGAAGAGGCCUUUGUAGAUUAUUUCAGUAACCUUUUCAAGGCUGAAGAAUCUCUAGAGGUGGAAGCCUGUGUGGAGGUAUUGGAAAGGAAGGUUACUGUAGCUAUGAACCAGAAACUUUUGGCUGAAUUCACCAUCGAGGAGAUUACAGUUGCUUUAAAUCAAAUGUCACCUCUGAAGGCACCGGGGCGAGACGGUUUUCCUGCAUGCUUCUAUCAACAUAAUUGGGCCACAGUGCACCCUGAGGUGUUGGCUAAUAGGUUGAAAUUAGUGUUGCCAGAUAUCAUUUCCUGCUACCAAAGUGCUUUCAUACCUGGUAGAUUGAUCAUUGAUAAUGUUAUUACUGCAUAUGAAACCAUGCAUUCUAUGCAAACAAGGAUGUGGAGCAAAGUGGGAUUUAUGGGAAUUAAACUCGAUAUGAGCAUUGAGCAAGUGGUAGUGAAUGGAAACCUGGUGGGUAAUAUCCAACCAACGAGGGGAAUAAGGAAAGGGGAUCCUAUCUCCCCCUACCUAUUUCUCCUUUGCGUGGAAGUUUUAAGCACUUUACUUCAUAAGGAAGAGCAAAGAGGGGUCAUAACCGGGGUCCCCACCUCUCCUAAGGGUCCACAUUUAAGCCAUCUCUUUUUUGCGGAUGAUAGCCUACUGUUUUGUAAGGCUAAUUCGGUGGAGUGGAGACAGUUAAUGAAAAUAUUAGGAGUUUAUGAAGCAAGAUUGGGGCAGAAACUCAAUUUGAAUAAGACAUCCAUAUUUUUUAGUAGGAAUACCAGCAAUGAGAGAAAGCAGGAAAUUCUAUUGCAAUCGGGGUUGUCAGAGGCUACUAGAAUUGAUUCAUAUUUGGGGUUGCCUAUUGUUGUUGGGAAAUCUAAAAGACUGGCUUUCAAUGAUAUUGUUGAGAGGGUAUCCAAGAGGCUUAGUAAUUGGAAGGUGAAGUUUCUCUCCUAG